GAAAGACAGUUCAACACCGCUGCAUCCUGCUCCCUACCUCUCUGAACUACAGAUCCAGAGACAGAAUGGACUACUCCAAGCUCGCUCUGUUGGUGGUGCUCCUCUCAUAUGUUGAGAGGUGCUGGUCGGCAUCCUGUGUCGUAGACAGCUUCAAAGUCAAGGCUGACUUUGACCCCAAGAGGUAUUCUGGUAAGUGGUACGCUCUGCAGAAGAAAGACCCGGAAGGCCUCUUCCUUCAGGACAACAUCUCUGCCGAGUACACCAUCGAUGAUGACGGCACCAUGUCAGCCUCUUCCAAGGGCCGCGUCACACUUUUUGGGUUCUGGGUUGUGUGCGCUGACAUGGCUGCCCAGUACACAGUACCUGACCCAUCAAACCCCGGAAAGAUGUUCAUGACCUACCAGGGCCUGGCCAGCUACCUGUCCAGUGGAGGCGACAACUACUGGGUGAUCGACACCGACUAUGACAACUACGCCAUCACCUACGCCUGCCGCACCCUGAAGGAGGACGGUUCCUGUGACGAUGGCUAUUCCCUGAUCUUCUCCCGCAACCCCCGCGGCCUGCCCCCCGCCAUCCAGCGCAUCGUCCGGCAGAAGCAGGAGGAGAUCUGCAUGGCUGGCCAGUUCGAGCCCGUGCUGCAGUCCGGCGCUUGCUAGACUGUGUGUGGAGCAUCAGAAGGAUUCCUUUAGCAUGCUGGCAUGAGAAGAGGCAUCCAGAACACGCUGUAGCAGUGUCGUAGCAUUAGACCAGAC